AUGCGAGUUGAAGACAUAGUCCACAUCAAUGAUUCUAUGCCUGAAGAAGAGCUUAUGGCAAUCAAGAUCUUGAAAGAGAAUUUUGAUGAGAAAGUCAGGCUGGAGGAAGUUAAGGCUCUGCGUGAUGAGAAUUUGCCAUGGUAUGCUGAUAUAGUGAACUUCAUGGUAUCUAGAGAAUUCCCUAGUAAUUUCGAUGCUUACAAGAGGAAGAAGUUCUUCAAGGAUGCUAGGCACUACUAUUGGGAUGAACCUUACUUGUACAAGAGAGGACCAGAUAGCAUUUACAGGAGAUGCAUAGCUGAAGAAGAUGUACAAGGAGUUCUUGAGCAAUGCCAUGGGUCUGCUUAUGGAGGGCACUUUGCCACAUUCAAAACCGCUACUAAGGUUCUGCAAUCUGGUUUAUGGUGGCCUACUCUGUUCAAGGAUGCAGCAAGUUACAUCGCCAAGUGUGAUGCAUGCCAAAGGAAAGGAGGGAUCACCAAGAGGGAUGAAAUGCCACUGAACCCAAUUCUAGAAGUUGAGAUCUUUGAUGUAUGGGGAAUAGACUUCAUGGGGCCUUUCAAACCCUCCUCAAACGGGCACAACUACAUUUUGGUUGCCGUAGACUAUGUGUCCAAAUGGAUUGAAGCCAUCCCCUGCCCAGCCUGUGAUGCUAAGGUUGUUAUCAAACUGUUCAGAACCAUCAUCUUUCCAAGAUAUGGCAUCCCAAGGGUUGUUAUUUCGGAUGGAGGUUCCCACUUCAUCAACAAGGUGUUUGAGAAGUUGAUGAAGAGUUAUAGAGUCAAGCAUAAGGUUGCUACGCCCUAUCACCCUCAAACUAGUGGGCAAGUUGAGGUCUCCAACAGACAUAUUAAAGCUAUAUUGGAGAAGACUGUGAGCUUCACUAGAAAGGAUUGGUCAACAAGACUUGAUGAAGCACUUUGGGCUUAUAGAACAGCUUACAAAACCCCCAUUGGAAGGUCUCCUUUCAAUUUGCUAUUUGGGAAGGAUUGCCACUUGCCUGUGGAGGUCGAAUACAAGGCUUUAUGGGCAGUAAAAAUGCUGAACUUUGACAUAAAGGCAGCACAAGAAAGGAGGGUAAUGAACUUGUUUGAGUUGGAGGAAAUCAGAAUGAAUGCCUAUGAGAACUCCAUGAUCUACAAGAUGAGAACUAGGCAGCCCACGACAAACUGA